GUAUUUUCCGUAGUUCGUAGUCGUUACAUUUUUUGAUGCUAAUUUUCUUUUCAUUAUUGGUGAUUUAUUUGAUGCACAAUUAUUAGUAUUUGGGGUAUCGCUGUGGUUCUUUAGAUGAGGCUGCGGCCUUCGGAAGCCUAAUUCUUUUUUUUCCUUUAUGGCAGAAGUUCAAAUCUAAAUAAUAUAAAAUGACUCGAGGAAAUCAGCGUGAACUAGCUCGGGCUAAAAACCAAAAGAAACAGCAGGAACUUAAUAAAGGAAAAAAGACCGAUGGCCUCACAGUAGAGCAAAGAAAAUUCAGAGACGCAGAAGUGAUGAGAGAGAAACAAAGAAAAAAAGAGGAACUAAAACAAGCCCAGCCCUGUAAAUAGCACUAGAUUGUAUUUAAUUUUUAAUUUAACUUCCCACUAUUAUGGUAAAUGUCAAUUUUUUAUAUAGCAACAUUUUAUUGUGAAUUUUAAAUGAUAUAUCAACGAUUAUAUAAAAAUUUUAUAUAAAAGGUAAUUCUUUAUAUUAAAAUUUUAUUGAUUCAAUUUUUAUUUGCCUACACGACUGUUUUUAUUCAUUUUCAAACUGUAUAUUAUAAAGUAGAUUAGUGAGACCUAAUGUUGGUUUGUGCUAAAAUAAAUAGUUAAAUUUUAAUAUA